AUGAAUUUCCCCAAGAUGAGUAGCAUAUUGAUCAUCUUUAUGAUAUCCGCGGCCAUCUGGGUCGGCAGUGCUCCGGUCGAAGCAAGCAGAGUUUUACCGGAGGACUUUGCUGGUGCAAAUCACUUGGAGACAUUCUCCUCCUCGUCCUUGUCGUCGUCAUCGGUCUACGAGAAGGCUAAGUUUACCAUGGAAUGCUGGCUUGAACGUCUAGCUUCAGGACCUAGCCCCAAAGGGCCUGGUCACUAG